AUGCCUAUAAGUAGGUUAGAUACAGCUUAUAGAAGUUUGGUUAUUUCAAAAUUUUUCAAAAAAGGUUGGGGAAAACCAGAGAACCUUAAGAAGUUAUUCGAAUUUCGAAAAAUAGUUUCCAAAAGAGAAACAUGUUUUCCUUUAGUAGAUACAGAUUACCCAGUUACAAUAACGAAAGAAAUCAAUUAUUCAGAUAGUAUUUUAUUAGAAGGUCAAUUUUUAUCUCCAUUCGAAGAAUACUUACCUGGUUUGUUACCUCAAGUUUCUAAAACAGCAUAUUUUCAAAUGUUACUUCCUAAAAAAUGGAAAUCAUCACAUUAUAAACCUGUCUGUUUGCAUUUGGCUGGAACAGGAGAUCAUUUUUUUUUUAGGCGACGUAAUUUAAUGGCUAAGCCUUUACUAAAAGAAGCAGGAAUUGGAGCAUUAUUAUUAGAAAAUCCUUUUUAUGGGCUUAGAAAGCCCAAAGAUCAGAGAUGGUCAUCAUUGCACAAUGUGUCUGAUAUUUUUGUAAUGGGUGGUUGUCUGAUACUUGAAUCUUUGGUUUUAUUUCAUUGGUGUAAAAGAAAUGGUUUUGGACCUUUUGGUUUAACAGGAAUAUCAAUGGGAGGUCAUAUGGCAUCCUUGGCAGCAACCAACAUUCCAGAGCCUAUUGUAUUAGUUCCUUGUUUAUCAUGGACUACAGCUUCGGGAGUUUUCACUCGUGGAGUUAUGAGCUCAGCCAUUAAUUGGGAAUUAUUAGAACACCAAUAUUUUAGCGAUGAAAGCUAUUGCAAAGAAAUCAAGCACAUGGUGAAAAUUAUUGAUAAUCAUGAUUGUUUUGCUGCCGGCCAGCAUUUUGUAAAAAAUUAUCCCGAAAGUUUGAGUAGAGUGGAAAAACUAUCAACGUCAACGGAAAUCAACGAAUUUGAAGGAAGCGAAAAAGGAAAUAAAAAUUAUAUAUCGAAUUUUUCAACUCUAGAUUUUAAUAGAAGUAAUAUAAAUAGUAAUGAAGAAUAUAAAAUAAAAAAAGAUUUAAAAAAUUUAUUCACCGUCGAAGGUUUAACAGGGAAAAUCGUUAAUGAAAGUUUGGAAAAAACGAAAAAUAAAUUGUUAGAAUACUCAUUUUUAAAAAACAAGGAAAAUGAAAAGGAACUAUUAACUAAAGAUAAUGAAAAGGAACUUUUAACUAAAGAAAAUUCUCAUUUAUUCGAAGAUGGAAAAAAUAAAAUUGAUAAAGAAAAAUUGGAAGCAUUACAGUUCAUGUGUGGGAUUAUGGACGAAUGUACCCAUUUAAAAAAUUUUAGUAUACCUUAUGAUACUGAAUUAAUAAUAUCAGUCACAGCAAAAGAUGAUGCUUAUGUUCCAAGAGAUGGAUUAACAGAUUUUCAGGAUCUUUGGAGAGGUUCUGAAGUUCGAUAUUUAAACUCUGGUCAUAUAGGAGCAUUUUUACUACACCAAAAGUUUUUUCGUUUAGCAAUUAUUGAUGCAUAUGAAAAAUUGAAAGCAAAAUAUUAUAAAAAUGAAAAGAAAGCUGAGCAUGUCAAUGGUGAAACCUAA